CUGAGCAGGACCUGGACCAGGCCUGGUCCUGCCCUGGGUAGGGUGUUCCCCAUGAUGAUUAGGGGGCAGGAAGAUGGGCUGUGACCAGACAUGCCAUUGAGAUGAACUCAACAGAGUGGUCUUUGAUGUUCUCCGGCCAAGCCCAGUUCUCGAAAGGCAUAAAAGUGAAGGAGAGCCUGGGACAGCUAGACUUGGAAGGCUCCUCGUUCCUUUGAUACUUUCGCUCCUCUGCCUCUUUGGCACCAGCUCCCACCAUGACCCAACGAUCUUCUGUCACCAUCAAGUCAGGAGGCACUCGGAACUUCAGUGCUUCCUCGGCCAGCCUCCUCCCAGGCUGCCGGCCCAGCUUCAGCUCUGUCUCCGUCUCCCAGGGUGGAAAGAGCUUCGGGGGUGGCUUUGGGGGUGUCUUCGGGACCAGGAGCCUCCACAACUUUGGAGGCAGCAAGAGAAUCUCCAUCAGUGGAGGCUACCGCUCCAACCGGGCCAGCGGUGGGGGCUCUGGCUAUGGGCUGGGUCUCGGAGGCAUGGGCUACAGGGUUGGGGGAGCCUUCGGUGGGUAUGGAUUUGGAGCUGGGAUGAUGCCUGGCUCUGGGGGCAUCCAGGAGGUCACCGUCAACCAAAGCCUCCUGACCCCCCUCCACCUGGAGAUAGAUCCCUCUCUCCAGCGGGUACGAAAGGAGGAGAGGGAACAGAUCAAGACCCUCAACAACAAGUUUGCCUCCUUCAUUGACAAGGUGCGGUUCCUGGAGCAGCAGAACAAGGUCCUGGAGACCAAAUGGAGCCUCCUGCAGGAGCAUAAAACCACCAGGGCCAAUAUCGAGCCCAUGUUUGAAGCCUACAUCAGCAACCUGAGGCGGCAGCUGGACUGCCUGGGUGGAGAGCGGGCACGGCUAGAGACAGAGCUCAAGAACAUGCAGGACGUGGUGGAAGACUUCAAGAACAAGUAUGAAGAAGAAAUCAACAGGCGCACGGUAGCAGAGAACGAGUUUGUGGUGCUCAAGAAGGACGUGGAUGCUGCCUACAUGAACAAGGUGGAGUUGGAGGCCAAGGUGGAUGCCUUAAUGGAUGAAAUCAACUUCCUGAGAGCUUUCUAUGAUGCGGAACUGGCUCAGCUUCAGGCCCAGAUCUCAGAAACCUCCGUGGUGUUGUCCAUGGACAACAACCGCAAGCUGGACCUGGACAGCAUCAUCUCUGAGGUCAAGGCCCAGUAUGAGGACAUCGCCAACCGCAGCCGGGCCGAGGCCGAGUCCUGGUACCAGAUCAAGUACGAGGAGCUGCAGCGGUCUGCGGGCCGCCACGGGGACGACCUCCGCACCACCAAGAUGGAGAUCUCCGAGCUGAACCGUGUGAUGCAGAGGCUGCGCUCUGAGAUUGAUAACCUGAAGAAACAGUGUACCACACUCCAGAACGCAAUCGCUGAUGCCGAGCAGCGCGGGGAGCUGGCCCUCAAGGACGCCAAGCACAAGCUGGCCGAGCUGGAGGAUGCCCUUCAAAAGGCCAAGCAGGACAUGGCCCGGCAGCUGCGGGAGUACCAGGAGCUCAUGAACGUCAAGCUGGCCCUGGACAUCGAGAUCGCCACCUACCGCAAGCUGCUGGAGGGCGAGGAGUGCAGACUCACUGGGGAAGGUGUCGGACCUGUGAACAUCUCCGUGGUCUCCUCCACCGGAGGCACAGGCUACAGUGCAGGUGGCGGUGGCCUCUGUGUGGCCGGAGGCGGCUACAGCAGCAGCCUGGGCUACGGCGGGGGCAGCGGCUUUAGCUCCACCAGUGGCCGCAGCAUGAGUGGCAGCAGCUCCAGCAUGCGUAUCAUCUCCAAGACGUCAUCCACCAAGAAGAGUUACAGGAGCUAAAGGACCCUGCCAGCCUCGGCUGCCCCCUCAAGGUCCCCAAUGCCCAACCCUAAGGCCUGCCGCUUUGCUGAUGCUCCAUGCACACAAUCAACAGCCAGAGGCGAGGGGAGUGGUCUGUGAGUUCUAAGGUCACCUUGCCCAUCCCUCUGUCUCAAGGAGGUACCCCCCUUGCUCCUCAUCCCAGAGCCCUCCAAAGUCCCCAAGCAUCCAAUCCAACUAACGCUGACUCAACUGCCCUGUGCCAAGACCCAGGCUAGGACUUUGCCCGUCAGUGGCUUCCAGAGCAAGGGUGAAGAAGUAGGGUCUUCCUCUCCCCAUCCGAGCCGAGUCCACUGCACCCAUACUCCUUUAUGGGGGAGGGGUGAGCUUAGGAUUGACCUUGGUACCCCCAAAGAAGUUGAGUGUAAUCUCGGCCAGAGUUCACACAUGUGUGCUCUCUCACUGCACACAGAACCAUCUCCUACAUGCCCCCCUCACACCAGGGAAUGUUGCCAAACUGGCCGGCGUAUUGUGUCCUCACCUCCUGCCUUCUUGUCCCCACCCAGCCACCAGCCACUUCCCCUGACAACUCCCACCAUCAGAAUAUUGGAAUAAGAAAUCAACACCACACAAAACAUUACCAACUCAAUUAUUCAUGCUAGAAUAGAAUAAUUUUAUCAAGAACCCAAAAGUUCUCCAUGGCCUAGGACUAUGUUCCAUGAUCGUUCAUAGCCAAACGCCUUCAAAUCAGCCUCAUUGAAGCCAAUAUUAGAAUUACCGCCCCACACAGAACCGCCCUGCUGCUGAGUGGGAGGGAGGCAGGCUCACGCCAGGCUGUGGGAAGGCAGCGAGGCAGAAGGUGCACCAGGUAAGGGAGUCCAGUUGGCCUGUGUUAGAACUGCCCUGAGAGAAUCCCCCUGCAGAAUAAUCCUCCGGGCUCAGGAGUCUUUCUCCAUCCUCUGUGGUAGCCAUGUCCCUUUUCUGGAAAGUUCUCUUUCCUGCUUACUUUUCUCUUUCCAUCUUCUCAUCCACCCUCCCUCCUUAUUCUCCUCCUCCCCCACCAUAUGUGAUUCCUCCCCCGAUCCCUCCUCUCCGCCCCUUUAUUUCUUUUCUCCCUCUCCCAUUCAUCCGUUUGGCAAUAGAUCUCCUGCUCCCUCCUUGCUGACCUUUCUUUCUCUCUCUCCCUGUCUCUGAAAUAUCUACAGUGUGGAUUUUCCUGUCCCCAGCCUUGGCUACAACCACAACUCUUAAGGCAAUCCACCAAACCCCCUGCCCCACAGGGAAGACCUAAGAGGGCAGACACGGGAGAGGGGCAGUCCUCCCCCUGUGUCUUUCCUCGCUCUCAGAGGAUGCUUGCUCGGCCUGUGAAGGAAGCAGAGGUAGGGGAACAGUGGAAGAGGGGAGCCACGUAGGCACAGAGAUCUUCCCCUACUUGAGGAGCUGUGAGCCUUCCCAAUGCCUGCCACGUAUUCAAGACCAAAAUGCAUUCCAAAAGCAGGCAGGGACUGGCUGCCAGCUGUAGACAUGAAGACAGGAGAGAAAAAAGUCACCCCGCUCUGAUGGUCUCAAACCCUUCUGAACUGCCUGCUCCCCAUGCCUGCCUAUUUCCUAAAAUCGCUUCAAUAAAGUGUC